AUGGGACAGUCCCUGUCCGUGCCAGGCAUGGCAUUCCUGCCGUUUCGACCUUGGGACGUCGUGUUCACGCCCAACGCCUUUUUGGAUCCCAUCUUCAAGUCUAGCAAGGAUGGGGACUACGUGAUCCGUCGCGUCCUUCAUGAUCCAACCACUCUUGAACUGCUCGUCAACGAUGGCGGUAACCGCCUCCGCUACGCCAUUAAAUACGAAGAGGAUCAAUACCACUUUGCCGGCCAGAGCUUUGAACACUUGGAUAUUCUCCUCGCCCACGUCAUGCAUCAAGGCGUCAAAGGUCCCCGUGGCACCAUCCACCUUCGCGACUCCCUGGCCCGCGAGCUGCGCGAGCGACUGACGCAUUACAUGCCCAUGUACAGUCCAUCCAGCUGGUAUGUCGGCAAAAUCAGCGCCGCCGAAGCCAAGAUCAUGCUUGAUACCGAACCCUGCGGCGCCUGGCUUGUGCGGGCCAGUGCCGAAGAACAUGCCUACUCCCUCAUGGUCAAGGACAUGCGCGGUGACAUUAACAACUUUUUGCUGACCGAGGAGCCCAAGGAUGGAGGCAUUUGCCUCGGAACGAGCCGCUUUGACCGAGUGGACGACCUCAUUCGUAAAAUCAGCAAAUCCGGUCUCAAGUGCAAGUCUGGCAAGGUUCACCUGCGAGAGCACUUGUACGGCCCAAUCGCCCCUCGCUCUUGGAGCUCGUCUCACCUAUUCCAGCGCCUUGACAGCCGCUCAUGCGAAACAAUUCGCUGUUCUCACAAUAGCGAGACUCACCAUGCCGAGGAACCCACAACACCACCCGCGGAGCCCGGUCUCACGUAUGUAGGCAUCUUGCACUGGCUCAUCAUGGCCACAUGCGCUUUCUCAUCCUUGCGUGACCGGCCACACGCAGCUUGGAUGAUGACGCCACCGUGCAACCCUUGGGCGAUCAACCGUGCGUUUUUUGGUUUUCCCUUGAUCGUUGCCACGCCCCAUCUCGUUUUGCUCCCUUUGUGCAAGAAGGCCCCACCCACCCAAAAUCCCAAUCAAGCCGUCUCUUUAUGUUGGGCGUCCUUUUGUCCCGGCUUUUCAUCUUGCGUCGCGUCAUCUUACUUUACUCUUGGACCUAGGGUGGUGCAAAUGGAGGGUGCCAACGUGUACAACUCGGCGCUGGCUGCGUCUGCCCACGAACGACCCAAGGGUGGAAGUCAUGCAGCCAUCAAUUCUGAAGCCGGCGUUGAGGUUGACAGCGACCCCCCAGCCGCGUGCGACUGGUAUGCAGGUCGGGUGAGCCGGCAGGCCGCCGCGGCCGUUAUCCUUCAAUCUCCCAACGUGCGCCCUGGCGACUUUUUCUUUCAUCAACAUCCAUUGGAGGAGAACGUUUUCUAUUUGACAGUCAACGACCACGACCGUGCCGCCCAAUACAAGAUUGCUCGCAACAGCGCUGGCUACGUGUUUGGGCCCAAGACCUUCCUGACCCUGCAACGCCUUCUUGAAACCGCCCGACGUACAGGCCUCAAAGGCUCGCAGGAGCAGCUCAAGCUGGGCAAGCCGGUGGCACAACUUCUCAGUGAAGUGGCCGGUCACCGUCUGGCCGCUUCGUCAGAUAGCAAUCAUCAUGAUGAUGAUCAGGACUUGGGGGAUGCCCAACUGGUUGGAUCCUCCGAGGGCCGCGUGGGCUCCCUGACUGCACGCUCCGCCGAUCCUCCGGUGGCCACCGAAGGUGGCAAUAAGAUGAAGCUUCGCAAGCUGGGGCAAGCCAUGGGUCACAAAUUCACGCAAAUGAAGCAUGCCAUGAAGCGCCACGGCAAACAAGGCGGUACCGACUCAGCCCCUGGCAGCCCAGGACCUACCCGCGCCGCUGCUGCGCACGCCACGUCGGACGCUGCUUCGGUUCCAGUACCGUCGGCGGUUCGAAAUCAAGAGGAGCAACCCGUGCCUCCUCCACGCUCCCACGAGCCUCUUCCGCCCGUGCCCACUCGUCAAAUUCCCGAGGAUGUCCUUAGUGGCAGCCUAGACAAGACACAGCCCUCAAACGCAAGCCAAGGCCCCUCGUCGGCUGACUUGCCUCCCAUUCGUGGCCGCACUCGCACCAUGCAAAUGAAUCAACUCCUGAGCACGCUUCAAAAAGACCUCGACCUGCGGAUCCUGCCCCUCGAUAUUCAAGGCUACAAGGAGCUGCCUCGCGGCGAGACGCACGAGUCUGACCUGCCCGAUUAUGCCCGUGGACCUCGCUUAAACCGCUUUCGUGACAUCUUGCCAAAUCCCGUCACGCGCGUGCGUCUUGAACCUCUCGAGGUUGACCAUACGUUGGAGUACAUCAACGCCAACUACGUUCGCGAUCCGUCCGCUCCUUGCGACAAUAAACCGGCUCUGCUAGGUUUUGGUGGCCGCCGCGCCAAAGAGUAUGUGGCAGCCCAGGCCCCCAAGGACACCGGCUUGUUCAACUUUUGGCGCAUGAUCGUACACGUUCAGGCCCGUUGCAUUGCCAUGACGACUGGGCUGGUGGAGGGUGGCAAAAACAAGUGCAGCCGCUACUGGCCCGCCACCAUCUACGCCGAAACAAAGGAAGAGCUUGUUUAUGGCCCGCGCGAUGGCAAGAUUCAUGUUCGCACCAUGCUGGUCACCAAGAUGGAAGGCUACAUCAAAACUAACAUCCAAGUCUUAUAUCAAGGCAGCACGCGCAACCUCGUGCACUUUUGGUUUACUGCCUGGCCCGACCAUGGUGUCCCAACUCGGCCCGAUGGGUCAAUGCAGACACAGCAAAUGAUCGAGAUGUUGUUGGACAUUCGCCGCACACGCAACGAGCUGGAUCGAGCGAUGGGCGUCAAGGUCGACGUUCUCAGUAUCGUUGCCGACAUCCGUGAAGACCGCAUGGCCAUGGUGCAGCACGUGGUUCAAUAUCGAUACCUGUACCAGGCCGUGGUGGAAUAUGCCGAGCGCCUGGCCGCCCGCGAGCAGGAAGAGGAAGCUGCCCAGGCCUAUGAGCAAAUGCGAGAGAGCGGUGGUCCUGUGACCAAAAGCAGUGAUAGUCGUGGCAUUUAUGCCGUUGCCGAUGAUAAGGAGGCAGCUCGUUACGAGCUGGACCAGUCAUGGCAAUUGCACUCUGUUCACAAGGGCUUCAAGGUGUAUUCGUUGCGUGGGGCUAUGAGUCUGCCUGCAGCAGCGGAUGACCAUGAGGCGACGUUUGCUCCCCGCGAGCAGGUUGAAGCCGGUGAGGUGAUCACGUCGCCGGUCAAGCCCGUGCGCCUCAACGAGAGCUCAGACUUUAUCGACAAACCCUGGUUUCGAUCCAACUUUACGCGAGCCCAGGUUGAAGACCUGCUCUCAGGCACGCCACCAGGCACCUUUGUGGUGCGGCCAUCAUCCAAGAAGGAUCACUUUGCGCUGAGCCUGCAGACAGUCCGUCACAAGAUUGCCAACAUGCUCAUUGUACCCAUUGCCCAGCCCAACGGCAAGUUUUUGUACAAGCUGGGUGCGUCCAACGAUCAAUCUUUCUCUUCAGUAGCCGAACUGGUCGAGCAUUACCUUGAACAUGGCAUUCCCGCCGAAUCACACGGCGAAAUCAUCCGUCUGCGUCGACUUUCCACCAACACGCGCAGCCUGCAAAGCGCACAGAACGCUGUCGCCCGCCUCAGUGCCAACAACGACGCCGGCUCCCACGUUCAGGAGGAGGAGGAAGAUGAUGAAGAUGCCCAAGCCUAA